UUUAGCAUGCACAGUGUGGACAGGGAGAUAGACAGAGACAGACACAGAGAAAUAGACACCAGAGACACACACAUAGACACAGUGAAACACAGAGAGACACAGAGACACACACAGAGACACAGUGAAACACAGAGAGACACACACAGAGACACAGUGAAACACAAAUACAGACACACAGAGACACAUAGACACCAGAGACACACACAGAGACACAGUGAAACACAGAGAGACACACAGAGACACACAGAGACACAGUGUAACAGAGAGACACACAGAGACACACAUAGAGACACAGUGAAACACAGAGAGACACACACAGAGACACAGUGAAACACAGAGAGACACACACAGAGACACAGUGAAACACAGAUACAGACACACAGAGAGACACAGAGACACAGUGAAACACAGAGAGACACACAGAGAGACACAGUGAAACACAGAUACAGACACACAGAGAGACACACAGAGACACAGUGAAACACAGAGACACACACAUAGACACAGUGAAACACAGAUACAGACACACAGAGACAUAGACACCAGAGACACACAGAGACACAGUGAAACACAGAGAUACACACAGAGACACACACAGAGACAGUGAAACACAAACACAGAUAAAGACACAUAGACACCAGAGACACACAGAGGCACAUACAGAGACACAGUGAAACACAGAGACAUACAGAGACACAGUGAAACACAGAGAGACACACAGAGACACACACAUAGACACAGUGAAACACAUAUACAGACACAUAUACACCAGAGACACAGAUACAGUGAAACACAGAGAGACACACAGAUACACAUAAACACCAGAGACACACAGAAACACAGUGAAACACAGAUACAGACACAGAGACAGACACACAAAGAGACACACAGAGACACAGUGAAACACAGAUAAACACAGAGAGACAGAGACAGACACAGAGAGAGACACAAAGAGACACCAGACACAGAGAGACACAGUGAAACAGAGACAGACACAGAGAGAGACACAGACGCGUGGCUGGAGACGCAGAGAGAGACAGAGACUGCCAUAGAGACCCAGACGUCGUCUUCUUGAUCCUUGUUAAACUUUCAAAGCUUUCACCUGAAUGGUCUUUACUGGCGGAUGAACGUUGAGAUUGUAUAAGGGGCACGAGGUGACCAACACGGUCUGAAUUGGUCUGUAAUCAGGACACUUAGGAAGAAGGCCUGGCGGAGUUUGUGAGGAUGCAGUUGAGCCAGGAGGAGACCAAUGGCCCUAUCAGCUCACAGGGACAUGACUCGCCAGAAGAGAGCAGCACCCACAGUCGGAUCAUCAACUGCAUCAGGACGGGCGGCGUGCUGGAGCUGCAGAAGCUGUCGCGUUUCCGCUCCGCGUUCGACGAGGCCGACGAUCGAGGGUGGUUCCCACUGCACGAGGCGUCCGUGCAGCCGCUCGAGCAGAUCCUGGAGGUCACGCUCGACGGUAACACGGAGAGAGAGGCCACAGCCAGCAUCCGUCUAUCUAUACACAGAUGUGUGUACAGGCGGCCCUCGACGUACGAACACCCGCACUUACGAGCGCCCGCACUUACGAACAUUGACUUCAAACGCGAAGUCGCACGUGCAAACUGGAUGUACGUAUCUAACCGCACUAAUUGGAGGUACCUUCACCAGACUCUUGCGACGCACUUACCGUCGGCUCUUCACCGUGUCCACGUUAACCCUCGCAUAGCGUCGUACCCCAGCGUGCGGGAGCAGUGCACGCACGCUGGUGAGACGGCGCUGAUGCUGGCGGUGCUGGCGGGGCGAGCGGGGAACGUCCGAGCACUUCUGGAGCGCGGGGUGCAACCGGACGGGCACGACGACCGCGGGGACAGCGCGCUGCUCGCCGGUGAGGCCGCAGAAGUCCGCGGUUCGACGCGGCAGGCCGACCCUGGUCAAUACCUCCGAUGGCCAGGGUUGGCUACGUACGGCGCGAAAGAAGUUCAUUGUAGUGGUGACCGUUACGGAUAUGGUGAUGUCAUCCAUAUGAGAAUUAAAUAUUAUAUUUUUGUCCUAAAAAGUGUAAAAUUUUGGAAAAAAUUUUCACGAACAUUAAUUGUCACGCACAACGAGUCUGUGUGGAAAAUGUCAGCUCGAUUGGAUCACGGGAAGUGGGUUAAAAAACGACCAAAAGAUUUGCACGGUCCUAAGCAAGCAAGUGAACUUAAUAUAAAGGAUUUAAAAAGAAAACCAGUAAUCCGCCGCCCUCCGCAAGCGGUGCGCGCGGGCUCGCACCAGCUGGCCUCGCUGCUGCUCCGGCACGGCGCGGACCCGAACCUCGCGUGCGCCAAGCGGUGGACGGCCGUGCACGAAGCCGCCCGCGGGGGCCGCUCGCACAUCCUGGCCCUGCUGCUGCACCACCGCGGCGACCCCAACCGGCGGGACGCGUUCGCCGUGACGCCGCUGGCCGUCGCGGCGCUGCACGGCAGGGUCGAGGCGCUGGAGCAGCUCAUCCACAAAGGCGGGGACGUCGGCGCGCGUGCCUGUGACGGCCAGUCGGCGCUGUUCGAAGCGGCGCGUGGCGGCAGCGCGGACUGCGUGGCGCUGCUGCUGCGGCAUGGAGCGGACGCCAACGCCCCCAGCAUGGAGGGACGCCUGCCCAUCCACAGCGCGGCGCGGCACGGCCACUACCUGGCGCUGCAGCAGCUGGCCGAGGCGACGUCGCCGCAAGCGAUCGCGGCCAGCGGCGUGAGCCCGGUGCACGCGGCCACGGACGGCGGCCACGCCGAGUGCCUGCGGCUGCUGCUCGAGGGCGGCCGCUGCGACGUGAACGCCGCGCUGGCGACCCACGCCGCCGGCGAGCACGGGGACGGCCGCCGCUCGGCCCUCUUCUUCGCCGUCGCCAACGGAGACGUCGUCUGCGCGCGGCUGCUGCUGCAGGCGGGCGCGCUGCCUAACCAGGACCCUCUGAACGCGCUGGUGGUCGCGGUGCAGAGCGGCGACCGCGACCUCGCGCGCCUGCUGCUGCGCCACGGGGCCGACGUCAACUUCCGCUCGACGCUCAACUCGACGCGCUUCCCCAGCGCCCUGCAGUACGCCCUGAAGGACGAGGCGACGCUGCGGCUGCUGAUGAACUACGGCUGCGACGUGCGCUCGUGCUUCGAGUGCUCGCACGGCGACGACGACGACCCCACGAGGAUGGGCAGUCAUGACUCACCCGAGCACGAUCCAGGAUGA